AUGUCAGACAUUCUGAUAGAAAACUAUGUACAGCAACUAAACGACCCCGAAACAUACACCGAUGUUCAUGCGGCGGUUAUAGAUUUGGUCAUGAGUGUGCGUACUAUAAGUAAGGAUCAACUAAUGGUAUAUCUUCAAAAAGCCAUUCUGACUGUUUUACUCGAUUCGACUGAAGAUUCCACAAUAGAGGAGGAACUGAGGAGUAGUAUAGACUCUACUGUUAAAAACCAAUAUAUAAACAUCAAUACUUUGCACUCUGUCUUACAUUCAAUAAAUGUGAAACUAGAUGUUUUUGGAAUGGAAAUCGCCGAAUCCAGAGACAUGGAUACAUCAACCGAGAUAUUGUAUUCCUUCAUCAAUAAGAAAGGUACUGGUGCAAUACAACUAUCGACAAAAUACACUCAGAAUGACAUUCAACUUGUGAAACACGUGGUUGAUCGGAUCUUUGCUCCUGAACAUGUGCUGCAAUCAAGUGUAACUGAUGCCGAAGGGAAUAUCCUUCAUCGUAUUACAUACUCUGUCCCUUAUAUGAGCAUGAUCAAACAUUUGCGAAAUGGCCCCGAGCAGUUAGAUGACGAAGAUAUGCCGCUGAUGACCAAAUUGUCAUUUGAUGAAUCCGAGUUGUUUUUACAAGAUCUGGAACUAUACGGCUGGUUGGAGCUGUAUAACGAUUGUUUUACACUAUCUACAAGGGGGUUAGUCGAGUUGAAAGAUUUCCUUAUAAAAACGUAUGGAAGCUAUCCCGAUGGGACCAUCUCCACGUGCUUUGGAUGCAAAGAUAUACUCACUCGUGGAUGUGCAUGUCCGAAUUCUUCAUGUAACGUACGUUUUCACAAGGAUUGUAAAAACCUAUUUCGAAAAUCUAGGAAUACCAGUGCUUGCCCUAAUUCUGAUUGUGAUGCAGAUAUUGAGGAUUUUUAUAGUUUCUAA